AAAGUUGGAAACUCAAGACUUCAUCUAUUUGAGAUUUGAGACUUAAACCCUAACUAAAAAAGGUCUUAAACCCUAAUAAGUUUUGUAAAAUUGUGAUUCUAAUUUCCAACUCUAUAUUAAUUAUUAGCUCAAGUGAAUGGUUUGAUCGAAUUCAACACAUCUCACAAACAAUCCGCUCAAACCCAUUGCCAUUUGCCAAGACCGUUACAUUCAUGAAUAUCACAUAUGUUAGCUUAACUUAAAUGAAGAUUAUGCUAGGUUCGUUGGAAUAGUAUGAAGAUUAAAAGAGACAUCAAUAUUUCAUUAUUGUUGCAAAAAAUGAGAAGUGGGUUUCAAAUGUUGGCACAUAUUGAUUGGGUUUCAGCUUAUGGGUCUCAUUUAUCAGCUGCUACUGUUUUGGGUGUGGUUGGCUUGCUGCUGGCCGUUAGAGAUGGUAGAAUGGGUAAAUUCAAUAAUUUGCUAUUGCUUUCUGCUAGAAAUAACGGUUCUGAGAAGCUAUUUUUUGUACCCGGCUUACGGAAUUUGGGCAACAAUUGUUUCCUUAAUGUAGUUUUGCAGUCGCUUGCUAGUUGUUCGAGUUUUAGGUGUUUUUUGGAAGAUGUUAAGAGUUUGCAGACAUCUUAUAGGGUAGAGCAGGAUGAAGAUUUUCCCCUUUUGGUAUCUUUGGCUGAUUUACUAGAAGAAUUAAGCUUGCUUCAGGAUAAAAGUAGAGCAUUAAACCCACUAAAAGUAAUGACUGCCAUGCAGCAAUAUAUCCCACAAUUUCAAUUGUCAAAUGAACAGGAUGCAGCAGAAGGAUUUCUUCAUCUUCUCUCUUGUUUAAGAGAUGAAUUAUCAGAGUCUUAUGUGCCAAACUAUGGUUCCUUAUCAGAAUUAUCUGCUCCUACUAGUCGAAUACUUUCUCGAGAGAAGAUGGAGGAUCUAAAGGAGCCAAAAAGAUGGCGGCAACAAUAUCUUGGCCCUUUUGAUGGGAUACUUGGCAGUUUCCUUACCUGCCAAAGCUGUUCUUCCGAGAUUAUAAUGGAUUUUAGUUUCUUCCACACAUUGCCUCUUUCUCUAAUUUCCUGCUCUGGUGCUUACAUACUGGAUAGAUCUACACUUGAGGAUUACAUUCAGAGGUUCUUGGCUCCAGAAUAUGUUGAAAACUAUUCUUGCAGUCACUGCUGGCAUAUUGCUGCUGUUAAAUAUUUAUCUUCUGUUGGAGGACUGCAGGAUGAGAUUGAAAAAUUGAGUUGUUGUGGAGAGCAGGACUCUUGUGACUGCAAGAAUAUAUCAUCGGUGCAGACCCUUCCUUGGUCAAAUCGCUUUUCACGUGCUUCUAAAAAAUUCAAUAUUGCUUACUGUCCAAAGAUUCUUUGCUUUCAUCUCCAGCGCAGUUCAUAUAAUGCAUUUGGUGAGCUUGUGAAAAUUCAGGGCCAUAUCAAAUUUCCAAUGAUCCUGAAUCUAUCAGCCUUUAUUAAGUCUGAGGUCAGCAUUCUAGAGCGAGAAGUAAAUAAGCCUAGUGUGAAGGAGCAGCCUUAUCUGGCAGCCACCUUUCGUUUUAAAAGUGAAGACAAGCAUAUUGAUCCAUUUGUAGAUGCAUCACAACUUUCUCUGGAACCUUGUUUGUCUCUGACUGCAACCGACUCCUAUGCCAAACUUAUGCAUAGUCUUAAGGUUACUUCGGAUCCACCACCUCCCGAAACUAUAUCAUAUCGUCUGGUUUCUGUUGUGGAGCACUUCGGACGAGCUGGGAGUGGACACUACACAGUAUAUAGAGGAGUCAGAAAUGAACCCGGAGGAGUUGACGACAAUGUUGGAGGAAUCGAUACUGAUACGCAUUUGGAAUGGUUCCGCAUAUCAGAUUCAGAGGUGCACAAAGCUUCUGAAGUGGAUGUUCUUGGUGCAGAAGCUACUCUGCUUUUUUACGAGAGAAUCUGAGCCUGCAGCUUCAGCCUUCAGCUAGUGCCUUGUAACAAAGUGUUCCUUUGUCCUACAUAAUUUGCUACUUUUUAUGUUUUUUAUCCGUUUAUAAUGAAUUUUUCUACAUUUUUAUUUUAAAAAUGACUUGCACGUAUAUUUAAUUUCUUUUAAUUGAACACACAUUUUAU